AUGAGCACUACUUCGCCUUUCCGAAUCUCUGCUCGAGAUCUCGAGGAUCUCGAGCGUAACGAUGCUUUCAGAACGAUCAGAGAGCACCUGAAGCGUCAGGAACAGGGGAUGCACGCCCCAAGUUUCUGUGCGACCCAUCGCCACUCCUGCUCCAGCCAGGACCAGGAAUCCUUUCGUUUGCACCGCGAUAUCAUUCACACUCUUCUCCUGCCCCUCUUUCUCCUCCACAACCAAGCUUCCCGUAUCGCCUCAAGCGUCCUGCCCAGUCAACGCGCCUCGGAACCGGAACGCGCCUUUCGCGGGGAAGCCCGCAGUGCCUAUGCUUGGCUGCACUGCAUCCUGACCGAAGAGCACGAUUGGUACUUGACGGAACGAUGCCCCGCCUGUAUCGUCCUGCAUGCUCUUCACUCCGAACCCACCAUCCGGUUCGUCGCCGUCGCGUGUCUGCUCUCCGACCACCUCCAGGAUCUGGGUUUCCUCAACGCCAGAAACCGCCUGCCGGCAUUUGAGUUUUGGCUCGAGGCUCUGGAAACUGCCGUGUGCGAGGAUCCUUUCUGGGGCAAUGACUUUUGGCCCGAGAUUGAAUACCGUGCUUGUGGUCUGACCGAUGGCGUCAAGCAGCUAGUCCUGCAGUGUAUGGAGAUGCGGACUGCCCUGGAGCGACAGAGCCUCCAGGCGCAGAGCUCCUACGGUUCCCACUACCGGGCGGAGGCCUCGCGACAGCAGCAGGUGCAUACCAUUGCUGCGAAGAAACAGGCCCGCAUGACUGGCGAAGAGCCGAAACGGCUUUCUAAGGUCGUGGUCAACUGCUACAUGCAGUCGAACCGGCCCCAGAGAUUCCACAGACGAUCCGUCACAUCUUGA